AUGUCAGACGAAAUUGUUUGGCAGGUUAUCAACCAAAGUUUCUGCUCUCAUAGGAUCAAGGCACCUAAUGGUCAAAACUUCUGCAGAAAUGAAUAUAACGUCACUGGGUUGUGUACAAGACAGUCAUGUCCGCUUGCCAACUCAAAGUAUGCAACAGUGAAGAGCGAUAAGGGAAAACUGUACUUGUACAUGAAAACUCCUGAAAGAGCACACACCCCUGCCAAGUUAUGGGAAAGAAUUAAGCUAUCCAAGAAUUAUACAAAGGCUUUACAGCAGAUCGACGACCAUCUGCUGCAUUGGAGCAAGUUUUUCCGUCACAAAUGUAAACAAAGGUUCACCAAAUUGACGCAGGUUAUGAUAACGGAGAGACGUUUAGCAUUAAGGGAAGAGGAGAGGCAUUACGUUGGUGUAGCACCAAAGGUCAAGAGAAGAGAACAAAACAGAGAGAGGAAGGCGUUAGUAGCUGCCAAGAUUGAAAAAGCCAUCGAAAAAGAGUUGAUGGACAGAUUAAAGAGUGGUGCUUACGGUGACAAACCAUUGAAUGUUGACGAAAAGGUCUGGCAGAAGAUAAUGGGUAAAAUGGAGGAUGAAAAUUCUCAAGAUGAAGAAGAAAACUGGGAUGAAGAAGAAGAAGAAAGCGACGAUGGUGAAGUUGAGUACGUUGCAGAUGAUGGCGAAGGUGAAUAUGUUGACGUGGAUGACCUAGAAAAAUGGUUGGCUGAUUCUGAUAGAGAAGCAUCUAGCGCCAGCGAAAGUGAAAGUGACAGUGAAAGCGACAGUGACAACGACAGCGACGAAGGAAAUGCAAAGAAUACCAAAAGACGUAAGAAGGGUACUAAUGCUAAAACAAAACGUCCUAAGGUCGAGAUCGAAUAUGAAGAAGAACACGAAGUUCAAAAUACUGAACAAGAAGUGGCACAAUAA